CAGACACUCCAGCUGGACUGAGGGCCCAGCCAUGUCUCUACUGGCAGCUGUUCUGCUGCUCUGGGGUUUCACUCUGGGACCAGCCACUGCUGUGUUUGUCUAUACUUCCAGCGAAGCUACCCUAUGGGCAGACCCUCAGUCCCUGCUGCAACCCUGGGCCAACCUGACACUCACGUGUCAGGCUGAAUUCCCUACCAAGGACUUCCAGCUGAUUAUGAAUGGUUGGCGUCUCGAUAAAGUCCACCUUGAUAAAUACGUCAGGUCACACCGGUUCCACCUGGGGGCAAUUACAAGCAGCAACAGGGGCCUCUACCGCUGCCGAUAUGGCGUGGAGCCCCCCACUAGUAAACUAACCGAGCUGAACAGGUGGACAAUGCUAAGCAAUCCUGUCGAGGUGACAGGGACAGAGCCCUUGCCCCGACCCUGGCUUUCUGCUGAGCCAGUGCCCUGGAUCACCCCUUUCCUGGGCACAUACCUGCUAUGUCAAGCUGCAAUGCGGGGCGUCACUUUCCUGCUGAGGUUGGAAGGAGAUGAUAGCUUUCUGAAGGUGACUACAGCCCAAGACAUGGAAAAGGCCUGGUUUGUAGUCCACAAACCUGGCAACUACAGCUGCAGCUACCGAACUCACGCAGAGGGCAUUCCCUCUGAGCCCAGUGCUUCUAUGACCAUCAAAGAGUAUGCCACAGCACCUCCGCCCAUUCUGUACUUUAUGGGAAAUUACCCAGCGGUCCAGCGUCGGAGCACACAAGAGACCCUGGCCUGCAAAGCUCCUCGUAAUGCAGCUGAAUUCCAACUCAGGCGGGGUGAGAAGGUGCUAAACAUUCAUGGGGUGAGCCCUCUCCGAGACCUCAGACUCUACUUCCUGAACUUGACCGAGCUGGAAGACCAAGGCCCUUUUACCUGCCGCUACCGUCUACACAGAAAGUUGGACACUUGGUCUGAAGACAGUGAACCCAUAGAGCUCAUGUGGACUGACGAGACACUGCCUGCACCCACGCUCACUGCGGAGCCAUCAAGUCAGAACCUUGAACCUGGCUCGACCGUGCAUCUUCGAUGUACUGCACCCAAGGCUGGCCUCCGCUUUGGCCUCCAACGCCAGGGUGACUCCGAGGAGCCUCUGCUCCAGAUGCUGAAACCGUCUGGUACCGAAGCUGUCUUUGAGCUGCACAAUAUCUCAACAAUAGACUCUGGCAACUACAGUUGUACCUACAUGGAACAGGAAGCCCCCUUCUCAGGGUCCGCUCCCAGUGAACUCCUGGAGCUCCACGUGAAAGGGCCACCACCCCGGCCGAAGCUUGAAGCUCUGUGGACAGGAGUUGUACCUCUGGGCCAUGAAGCCCACUUUCGCUGCCACGGCCAUGUGCCCAAGGUCAACAUGGAGCUGGUACGUGAGGGCUUCCGCACACCCUUCUGGAUGAAUCAAGCUAUGACUAGUACCUCAGCGGAACUGAAGCUGCCCUUUGUGGGUCCCCAACACACAGGCAACUACAGCUGUCGCUAUACAGCCUUGUCACCCUUCAAUUUUGAGUCAGGAACCAGCGACCCCGUGGAGGUUAUAGUAGAAGGUAUCUGACGUGGCUGCAGACACAAGAAACAAUGGUACCCUUGGAAAAGGUUGAAGACAGGAAGAACUCCUGUUCUUCCCAAUGUAAGAUGCCUCUCCUUCAAUCUCCCUGGACUUAAUAAAAGUCAAACAAGAGUUUGUUU